GAACCGCGUUGCAGGGUGUCGACGCGCCGUCUACCUGCUUGCAGUAUCCAACCAAGCUGUAUCUGUCUAAGUAUUCUUCGGCCUCUCCUCGGCUGAUAUGGGGAAGACUCAAGUCCAUCUUUGCUGCGAUUCCCUGGCGUCUAUGGUUAUGCUUUCCUCUAUCCAUCAGAUUAGCUGUAUACCGCUGUCUUGCCAAUUGGUAUGCUGUUGGAGAAUGGAAUAUCCAGCAUCUGCCUUUUGGUUUAAUACUGAAGCAUACACACGAUCAGUCACCAUUCCUCGAGGUCUCUAAUAUCGAUUUCGUCUGUAAGAACACUUCCAUCCCAGUCCCACACAUCCUAGAUGUCAUCCCCUCACUCCCUUCUUAUCCCGGCGGAUUGAUCAUCAUGAACGAGAUCGAAGGCAUGACACUCCAUGAAUGGCUCAGGACCAGGGUCACAUAUCCCCCAGACUUCUACCACUACAUCGACAUCCUCGCAAAUGGAGAGAGGGUGAACAUCGAUGAGCUUCGUGCAAUUCUUGAUGGAUUUGAACCAGCUGUUGACCUAUCAGACUCAGUAGCACUCCUAAACGAUCUUAAACGUGCUCUACUCGAGCUUCGCGCUAUUCCUCCCCCUCCUUCUAGCAAAGUUUCUGGCGCUUAUGGGGCUCCAUUUGUAUCUAUGCGUUGCACUGAUCGUGUUGUAAUUCAGCCACUCGAUAGCAUCCGCGCCUUCCAUGAUAUGCUCCUCCAAUCAUGCAGUGUCCCCCGCCGCAUGCCUCGUUUGUUGAAGAUGGCAGAACCCGUAUACGCCAAGGAGAACGGGCUCUAUUUCACGCAUUCAGACCUCCACACCAAUAACAUACUCAUAAAGGAUGGCCGCCUUGCAGCGAUCAUUGACUGAGAGGCAGCAGGGUGGUUUCCUGAGUAUUGGGAGUACACUAUGUUGGAGAUCCGGGCUAUACAAGACGUUAAAGGCUGGCAGAUCUUUUGGGAUGCGGUUGGCGUUUUUGGUGACAAACAAUAUGAGGAGGAGCUGAAAUUGGAACGUGCGCUAUGUCAUUGUACAGGAUAUAUGGCAGUACUUCCUGGCGUGAUUCCAGAUGAUCCGUUGGAUCAGCUGCUUAUGGGAUAUGAAUUUCAGACAUUA